AUGGGAAGUAUAAUUUCAUUUCUUCAUUUUCGGAAAACAAGCACUACAAGGCCAAGUAGACAGGAAGAGGCGAAUUUUUGCGAAGCCCAGUGGUUAGUAGAAGGAAUCCGUUUGGAUAUUGGUUCGGAUAAAGAUGUGGAUAUUUUCCUGGGUAUACCUUUUGCGGCUCCUCCAAUAGGAGAGCUUCGUUUUAAGAAACCGCAACCACCACAAAACUGGGAAGGCGUACGUAAAUGUGUUGCAUUUGGUCCACGUGCACCACAAGCGGAUUUCUUCUGGGAACGAAUAACGCUUGGACCAAAAAGCGAGGAUUGUCUCUAUCUGAAUGUAUUCUCGCCCGCAUGGAAAUCAGAAGACAAUGAGGCCGGUCAUAGUGUCAUGGUCUAUAUCCACGGUGGUGGUUAUCUUAUUGAUUCGGCUGUAAAGUAUGGAGAUAAAGGAAUCGCUAAAUAUCUUUGUCGUCAUGACGUAGUUGUUGUCACAGUACAGUAUCGUCUUGGUUUACUAGGAUUUUUUUCCACAGGAGAUGAUAUUUGUGCUGGUAAUCUCGGUCUAUGGGAUAUGACAAUGGCCCUACAAUGGGUGCACGAUAAUAUCAGCGCCUUCGGUGGAAAUCCGGACAAAGUGACAGUUUUUGGACAAAGUGCAGGUGGUGCAAGUGUAGAUAUGCUGGCACUAAGUCCACAUUCUAGAGAUUUAUUCCAUCAAGUUGUUCCAAUGGCUGGUAAUGCUGAAUGUGCAUGGAGUACUGUAACUCGUUUGAGGCUGGUUGAGUCUUGUCGCGAAUUCGCACGGCGACAUGGAUGGCAAGUCGGGAAUUCCGAAUACGAUCCACAAACAAGUCAGAGUUUAGUGGAUUACCUACGUCACAGAAAGGUUAAAGAGUUCGAAAAACGACUGAUUACUGCAAAAGGCAUGGAUGUGUCAAAAAUUGGCCUCGAUUUGGCUCCGAUUAUUGGUAUGUGUUGUAACGAUUUUCUUCCGAAAAGUAUUGACGAAUUACGUAAGGAAGCACCGAAGAAAAAUUGUAUGAUUGGCACAUGUCAACAUGAGGGACUUCUAUUUGCAACUCUUUCUCCGAGUCAUUUCAACAAAAAAGGGUUCGAAAAGCUGUUAUCCAUAGUGAUUACAUCCGAAAAUCAUGCGAAUUAUGAGGAAUUAAGAAGACAAGCCCGCGAAUUAUACCUCUCAGAUGUGAAUCUGGAUAAUAAAGUGGAAGUGGCUAAAGCCUACGUAAAAUUAUACAGCGAUAUAUUCGUGAACAACGGCACGUACAACUAUGUGCAAAAAAUGACUGAGUUGGGAAAUCGUGUAUACUUGUAUUCGUUUGAAUUUUUCAAUCCACAAAGCUUUGGGAUCCUGUCAAUACGUAUGCCAUUUAAAGGUGCAACUCAUUGCACUGAAUUGACAUAUUUAUUUGGUGUUUCCAUUGUUUUCGGAUUUCAAUUCACGGAAGCUGAUCAUAAAAUGAUCGAUCUCAUGACACGGUUGUGGACGAAUUUUGCAAAAUACGGAAAUCCUAAUGGUCCAUAUGAGGAUUCAUCUGUCUUCAACUUUGUCUGGGAACCAGCUACGACAGCAGAUUGUUCGAGAUAUCUAAGGAUUAACGACAAAUGCGAGAUGCGUGCCAACUACGAGGAUAAAAGAGCGGAAUUCUGGAAAAACAUCAUUAUUACUUCUAAAGGGAACUAA